AUGACUAUGGCAUCCAAUGCUUAUAAAAUCCAAAUAGGAACCUCCGAUAGGACUGUAGCUGAACUCCUUAUAGCAGGAUUUUCAGGACAACUCAAAGGAUGGUGGGAUUAUUAUCUUACAAAGAUCCAGCAAUUAAAUAUUCUAAAUGUUGUUCAGGUAAGUGAUGAAGGAGGACCUGUUCCAAAUGAACUAGGAAAUCCUAUUCAAGAUGCUGUGUCAACUCUUAUAUUUGCUAUACCAUUACACUUUAUAGGAGAUUCCACACAUCUUAAAGAUAAAAAUGCAGACCUUUUGUCAAACCUUAGAUGUAAAAAACUUAGUGAUUUCCAAUGGUAUAAAUCAACAUUUCUCUCUAGAGUCGUGCUUAGGGAAGACUCUAACCAACCAUUUUGGAAAGAAAAGUUCUUGGCCGGUCUCCCAACCCUGUUAGGAGAAAAGGUUAGGAACAAAAUUAGAGAAACUUUUGGUUCCCAUAUCAUCCCUUAUGACCAACUAACAUAUGGACAACUUAUUAGUUUAACACAAAAACAAGGUCUAGAGAUCUGUCAAGAUCUCAAACUCCAAAAACAUCUAAAAUGGGAAUUAAGAAAAAGUAAAAAAGAAUUAGGAUCUUUCUGCAACAGAGAAACAAAAAGUGUGUCUAAAAGAUUUAGAGAUUUUCGUCCUAGAUCCAAAGAUAAAAACCAUGAUACUCAUCAUAAAAAACAUUAUUACAAAAAACCUUACAGAAAAUCUUUCAGAAAACAAUAUGAUAAGCCUAAAACAAAUAAAGCCAACUUAAAAGAUAUUACUUGUUACAAAUGUGGUAAGAAAGGCCAUAUAUCUAAAUAUUGCAGAGUAUCUAGGAAAAUCCAGGAACUUCAUUUAGAAGGUGAAGUCCUAGAUCGAAUAGAAGCCUUGUUAGCAUAUUCUUCUGACUCUGAAACUGAAAUGUCUUCAGAAGGUCAAAAUCCUCAAUUGGACGAACUAGUUACUACUUCUUCGUCUAGUUCUGAUUCUAACUCUGAUGAUGAUUAUGAAUCAAAGCAUGUCAAUGUUCUUAUAAAGGAACAAAACUUGAUCUUAGAUGUAAUCCAGCAUAUAAGUAAUCCUCAAAAGCAGAAAAAAUGUCUAGAUCAGCUCAAAAAAUCCUUAGAAGAAGAACCUAAAACUGUAGAAACAAAUAUCCCUUCUACUAGUACAGGAUUGUAUGAUCUUUUCAAGACCUACAAAAGGAAAUAA